UGAAUGGCGAAUCCGUCCAAUGAUUUUCCUUGAAUCAGCCUUUAACAUUCCUCAGAAAGCGCUCCUGGAUUUUCAUUUUCCCCGCAGAGUGUACACCCAGUGAUUGAAUAUGACAGUGAAAACCGAUAUAAACUUAACCUGAAGGAUAGUUCAAUUUAGAAAAUCAACUUUUGUAAGACGGACCCAAAUGCUUAAUGCAACGGAGAAUUGAUCAAGUCAGAAACGCGACAAAAGUAAACUCCUGUUCCGCCUUGAAGCUUGCAGCCAUGUCGACGGGAAUCGCCCCUCUACCAAUAAUAGAUGUGACACCAUUUGCAAACAAUGCUUCAUCCAAUGAAGACAACGCACGAGAAAAGGCCUCGACGGUGGAGCAGCUGGCAGCGGCAUGCGUUACCCAUGGUGCAUUCUACGUCAAAAGUGGUGGAAUAGGGAACCUGACUCGCGAAUUCCGGAAGGAGGUCUUCAACGCCGCUCAGGAUUUCUUCAAUUUACCUCAAGAUAUCAAAAACAAGAUUCCAAUUCGCUCUGGAGGAUUUACACGUGGAUAUAUCGGUUUAGGUGCCGAGUCUGGUUCAUCCGCACUGGAAGUUAAGGAAGCGUUCAGCUAUGGGUAUCCUUGGUCCUUGGACGUGGCCCCUACAAAUAAUCUCCAAGGUCCAAAUGAAUGGCCAGAUACUUCGGAUCUUGAUUCAACGUGGCGGAAAACUUUGGAAACCUUCUAUGCUGGAAUGGUUCAAGUAGCCGAAGCUGUCACACGAGCGCUUUCCGUUGCGCUAGGAAUGGACGAAGGCUAUUUACCUUCUUUCUGUGCUGAAGGAGAAACAAUCAGCCUCAUGCGAUUGUUUCACUACUUCCCAGACAAAACAACCGAUCAUAUCACAGGACAGCGAUCCCCUUCGGAUAGGAUAGGGUCAAGUCCACACACUGACUGGGGAUUCUUGACACUCAUUAUGCAGCAAGACGGAGUAACAGGAUUGCAAAUCGCGGAUGGAGAGGGCGGAUGGACGGACGUGCCACCGAUUCCAGGCACAUUCUUAGUGAACGCAGGGGAUUAUUUAUCCUUAUUAACAAACGGGCGGGUGGUAUCUCCACUUCAUCGAGUAGUAUCGUCUGAUCAGGAGCGAUUGUCGAUGGUCUUCUUUUAUUAUCCUAGGUAUGAUGCACAAAUCCCCCUGCUCACGGAGGACGGACCAGCGGCCAGAAUUAGCUUGUUUAUAGAUCAGAGUCAGAACACACCUCGGGCCAACGAUAACGAGAAAGAGAAGGAGCAGUUAGCUAUUAGGGCAGAGGAAAUUUCCAAGAUGGCAUUUGGGGACUACAUAUUCAGCAAAUGGGGGCAGGUUUAUCGGGGUAAUUACUAGAAGGCCUUGUCCAAAUAUCGGUGCAGAGACGGCCGAAAUUUGUCAGUUAGGGUAUGUGAAAGUAUGUGUAUAUAAAAAAUAUCAUGUAAAACCAGAGCUCUGAAGGGUAACAGAAUCCAGUCCACAUCAAAUUAAUACAAUGAAAGUCAAACAUG